AUGACCUCACAGGAAGAACCAACCAUAACGGCUAUUUCUCCGACUUCUACUCUCGGAACUGCUGCGGCUUCCGAACAUCAGCCCGAAAUCGCUUCACCAACCGACCGUGAAAUACCGCCACUAACUAAUUUUAAAUUUCCGCCUUCUCCGCCACUACCGGGUACUGCGGAUUCGAUCCCAUCUCGUGUAGUACCUAAAAAGAUAUUUGAUGUUAGUAAUGAUGAUGAUGAAGUUGUCAGUAAUAAUGACUUGACUGUUGAGUCUGUAGUUCCUCCUCAGGACGGAAAUCUAGAAUCGCCUGAUAAUCUUGACUCUGAAACUUAUCUUGCUGAAACUGUUGCAAAAGUUUUAGGAAACCAAACAAAGGAACAACAACAACUGCAAACUGAAGUGUCUGAAUCUUCUGUUAAAAAAGUUCUUUUGUCUAGUACUUCAAAUUCUUCUCCUGAUUCAACUCAUAUUAAUAAUAGUAAUAUCAAUAAUUUUAAUAUUAAUAAUAACAAUAAUAAUAGUAUUAAUAAUAUUAAUAAUAGUAUCAAUAAUAUUUCUUCGAGUGCUUCUUCUCAACAAUCUAUUCAACCUCCUCCUCCUCCUAUCACUGGAAAAAAUUGUUUAUCCGAUUCAAUCAGUCCAUCAACUCCACCAAAUCCUUCAAAUCAUUUAAAUAUGUCUCAACCUGAUUCUCCUCUGACUGUUCCUAUUUCAACUAAUGAUACUAAUGAUACUGUUACUACAACCACCACUCAACCUCAAGUUACUACUGCUCCUUCUUUUAAACUUACAAAAUUUACUAUUAGUGGUGACUCUCCUGAUACCACUCCUACAUCUUCACCUGUCCAGAGGUUAUCUGAUAUACAUUGUACUGUAGGUGAUGGUUCCGGUGCUCUUCCCAAUUUUUCUCAUGAUUUCGAGUUAAUUCCACCUACUCUUGAUGAUUCUUAUUCUUCUGAGCCUCUUGAUUAUUGUCUUCCUCCUUCAAAUAAUUCUAUGUCUCGUACUCAACGAAAGCUCUUACUUCAACGUGAUUCUUUUCUUGCUGAUGACGAAAAUUAUGUUAUUCAUCCUCAUAAUCAACGUAGAUUAACUAAAGCAAUUGAACGUAUAAAUCGUGAACAUACUGCUAUAUCUUUAUAUAGAGAUCCUAUGAUUGAGAGUUUACAAAGAGCUUUCGCAAAAUAUGCUCAAGAUCAUCCUGAAGUUUUGGAUGAUGAUUUUGGUGCAAAUUAUGAAGAUUCAAAAGAAUGGGGAAUUUUAUCUGAUCAAACAAAAUCUAUGGAUCAAAUUGGUUCAAUUUAUGGUCCAAUUAGUUAA